GGAUAACAUUAUACCAAGAAUUUUGACGCCAAACAUUUCCCCUUAAGAAACCUUAAAACUUUUCAAAACCUCCAAAAUGGCAGGAGUUGUGGUGGUUUUUGAUUUCGACAAGACGAUAAUCGACUUAGAUAGUGAUAAUUGGGUGGUGGAUGAAUUGGGGGCCACUGAUUUGUUCAAUCAACUUCUUCCCACAAUGCCUUGGAAUUCCGUAAUGGACAUGAUGAUGAAGGAGCUCUAUACACAAGGAAAAACCAUAGAUGACAUCCAAGAGGUACUAAAACGGGCCCCGAUUCAUCCACGGGUCAUCCCAGCAAUCAAAACAGCUCAUUCGUUAGGGUGCGAUUUAAGGAUAGUGAGCGACGCAAACCUCUUUUACAUCGAAACAAUCUUAGUUCAUCUUGGAAUUAGAGAUUGUUUUACUGAAAUCAACACAAAUCCAGGCUAUGUGAACGAAGAAGGGAGGCUAAGAAUUUUCCCUUUUCAUGAUUUUCAAUCUUCUUCUCAUGGCUGCAAUCUAUGCCCUCCCAAUAUGUGCAAGGGCAUGAUUAUAGAAAGGAUUCAAGCCUCUUUGGCUAAGGAAGGGAAGAAAACUAUGAUCUAUCUAGGCGAUGGAAGUGGAGAUUUCUGCCCAAGUUUAAAGCUUAAAGAAGGAGAUUACGUCAUGCCAAGGAAGAACUUCCCAGUUUGGGAUUUGAUAUGCCAAAAUCGGGAACUCGUAAGAGCAAAAAUCGAUGAAUGGAGUGAUGGAGAAGAGCUUGAGCGUGUUCUCCUCAAACUCAUCGAAGCAAUUUCCAUUCAAGAGAGUCAUUCUAACUCAUUUCAAUUGUUAUCAGUUAAUUGCAAGAUGGAGACAAUUCCAAUGGCAGAUCAUGAGGCCUUGUCUUCAUCCCUUCAAGUUACCCAAUAAGCCAAUCAAUUAAUGAAGUUUGUGCCAUUGCUUUGUAGGUUUGUACCGAAUAAGAUUUGUGUAAUAUCAGUUAUAAUGUAAUAUGUAUUCUGAUAAAUGCAAGAAUUAGAGCUCAUAUUUUGCUCUAACAAGAAAUCCCUA